UACUUUACACACUAUUACUCUAGCUACCUAGUCUUAGACAAGCAAGUGUUCUAUAGUACUUAUAUUACUAAAGCUAUAAGAAGUAACUUUAGCAAGACUGUAAGCUUAUAUAUUAUGCUCGUCGUGUGCACACUAGGCUCUAACGCUGCUUACUAUGAUGGUUAUGGCGAAUGGGCGCAAGAAUGCGAAGCUGAUGUUGGAAUCGGGUUCUUCAACACUGCUCGGGAGCUAUUCUCCAGGCUCGAGAGAGUAGACUGGUCGUGCGUGCAGUUUCUUUUACUCAUGGAGUAUAUUAUGUCCCACACUAAGAUUAGACUGAUCUAUUUGCUCAUUCUUAGCGGCCAAAUCCUUGCCGAAUUCGACCUACCCUACAGCGGACUUGGGAAUCUUGCUAACUUUGUGCCUCUUCCGACAGUCUCUGAUGCCCCUACAAGUUCGCGGCUCACACUUGAUCAGCUUUUCUUCUUGGCUUUAAUUACUAUUAGAAAGCUCCUGAAUAGAAUAAUGUUGUGUUUGUAUAUGCUGGACGACGAAACACAAUCUGCUUCUUUGCCACCGGCUGAUACACUAUCCAUGUUCCUGUCAGCUUCUCACUCGAUCAUCAAUGAAUUAGACCGCCAACUCGAAGAGUGGCGAGCCUGCCUUCCACACGAAAUCCGAUUUCCUCAGCACUCGUCGUGUAGACUGCGCGGCUUUCUGAUAACGCGUUACUGCACCGCGAAACCAACUAUAUACCGCCUAUUCAUCUUCCGCGCUUUGCACGCCCCAUGGCCUCUGCUGCUAUCAGACAGCGACAAAGCUGGAGCUCGCACUGCCGUCAGCGCGGCUUUUGUGCACUGUCUACACAGCGGUCUGCUCCACGAACCACUACAUAUGCUGUUCCAUCCGAUCAACACCUAG